GGACAUCCUCUCCUGAAGCGUGGUAACCCAAUCCCUUCCCGGAGUUAGCGCCGCCGGCCGGAGGAGGAGAAGAGAGAGAGAGAGGCCGAGGUUUUCCGGUGAGGAGGAUGGGCGAGUUCGACGACUACUGGGCGCGGGCGUACAGGGGCGACUCCGGGGUGCCGCACUCCGACCCGCAGCGGCUGGUCACCACCUGGACCGGCGCCUUCGCCCUCGGCGCCGCCGCCUGCGUCCACCACCACGCCUCCGCCCUCGCCUCCAACAUCAAGUCCCUCCCCCACUACUGGCAAGACAUGACAAUGAUGCUCGAUCAAAAGCGCUGGAAGAAGAUUCUUGAGAAGAAGCAACAGCAAGCUUAAGGAAGUGUUGAAGCUGUAAACAAAUUGCAACGGAUAGACUUUUUCUAUUUGGCAUUUUCUUCCGUACCUUUACAACUUCACAUAUGUUUUCAAUACAGAACUGGUUGAUUUGUUUAACCUUCACCCCUAAUAUUCUCGUAAUGCAAGUGUUGGACGUCUUAUCAGUUUUCUUAGGCAGCGUGUUUUUUUCAAUGAUAUGCAACAUAAGUCUACCCUUAAUGUGUGUUCUCGCUAUGCGUUUAUGUGCCAUAAGUGUUGUAAAGUUGGGGUUUGUUUUCUGCUA